AAAAAAUCUUUCCGCUUGACAAAUAUUGAGGAUUGAGCGCGGAACACUUGAAGUCUGCUGUUUCGCGGCAUUAUAGUAUUGUGUGUUUGUUUAAUGAGUGGUGUUCGACAGAGGAAGGCGAAGACUUUACAAGAUGACAAUUCAUCGGCUCACCAAGGUUUAAAAUAUGCACGUAGCGAAUGUUCUGAAUAUUCUACCUCUGAUAAAUUCGUUGAUCGUCCGUACAGCUUGUUUUGGUUGUGUUCCGUGAUAGUUAUUUUCCUAGCUUGCUUCAUUAUUUGGGACGACAGCAGUGAUUGUUGGUCUUGCUCCGAUUCGUCAUGCAAUUCUUUUGACGUCGUAUCUGUUAGAUCACACCUUAUCAAUGUCACCAACAUCGGUUCUCGAACAGCCGGGUCCAUAGCUAAUGAAGUUGCUGCUGCUGACUAUCUUCGGAAUGAAUUAAAGUUAAUUGAAUCUGUUUCUAACAAAACGGUGUUGGUCGUUUCGCUGGAUGAACACAGGUCUAGCUACUCGAGUUUCCGUGCGUUAUCUCAUGUUUCUUCAUACAAUAAUGUUCGGAACUUUGCUCUUCGUUUUCAUGACCUACGUGCCAAAGGUGGUAACGAUAGCAAAUUAGCAUUUCUUAUUAACUGUCAUUACGAUACAGCCCCCGGGAGUCCUGGCGCUAGUGAUGCGUUUGUUAAUUGCGCUGUCAUGUUAGAAGUUUGUCGUAUAUUGGCGACAGGUUCGCUUAUUCUUUUUAAUGAUCUUAUAUUUCUUUUCAAUGGGGCUGAGGAAAGCAUGUUGCUUAGCAGUCAUGCUUUUAUAACGCAACACAAGUGGGCCACUGACAUCGUCGCUUUUAUGAAUUUAGAAGGGGCAGGUGCUGCUAAACGACUUUUCCUUUUUCAAUCUGGUCCUGGUCCGUCAUCAGAUGUUUUACUCGAAGCUUAUGCAAAUUCUUUCAAACAACCAUUGGCCAGUGUUCUGGGGGAAGAUUUGUUCCAGUUUGGACUAGUGCUAUCGGACACAGAUUACAGAAUAUUUCGUGACUAUGGGCUUGUUCCAGGGUUAGAUCUUGCGUAUAUACAAGAUGGGUACGUUUAUCACACUCCCUAUGAUACAGAGUCUCGUAUUUCGGACCGUUGUCUUCGACUGUUGGGAUGCAAUAUAUUGAGUUUUGUUCAGUUGAUUGCCAAAGAUGAAAGAAUACAAGGUUUCAUCAAACUGACUCCGAUAAAUCAUACAGAAACAUUGCUGCGUGUCUCAGCUUCAGGUUCACCGUUGGGUAGAAACAGUGUCCCUCCACUGGUCACUAGAUCGGCAACUGUUCGAAAUGUGUAUUUUGAUUUGUUUGGUACCUUUGUGAUAAUCGUUCCGUGGGGAGUCUGGAAAACUGUCAACCAUCUAUUGUUUUUGUUUUUGUGCUUCCUGAUAUUUAGAGCCAGACGACUUGUGUACGUCCGGUGGUGUAGAUUCGUUGCCGCUUUAUUGGUGCAAGUAAUUACCACAUUACUAGGCUUCGUCUUUUCAGUCGUACUUGGGCUUUUGUAUCACCAUUACGGUUGCAGAAUGGUUUGGUAUUCAAAUCACUAUAAUAUUGUGGGUAUGUUUGUUCUACCUGUAAUCUGGUGGUUCGUAUGGUCUCAGACUUACUUAUUCAAAAUACCCGAAGGUUCUGUAUUUAAGUUUCUUGGAAUUUCUAAUCGCUUUUCAAGGAUAUGGCAGCACAAUGCUUUGGAUUACUUCUAUUCUUUAGAAACCGACUUUUUUGAUUCUAGUGUAUUUUUAAUAGCACUUCAGUCAUUUUUGUUGUCUUCAAUUAAUGCUCCUUCAUCAUACGUUUACACAUUCUGGGUUGUGUUUGGGCUUAUAUUUAAGAUGUCUGACAUUCGAAAGGCCUCAUCUAUUAAACUAAAGCUUUGUCAGACCGUUCGUUUUGUUUCAUUCAUAGCCAUUGUUUCAAUACAUACUUAUAACCUUAAUCUAUUUCUUAACUUUAUGAUACCGAUUAUGGGACGUUCAGGUAACUCCAUUAAACCAGAUUUAUUCCUUUCUUGUUGUAUAUUUAUUAUCAUGUUGCCUGUGAUGCUUCCAUCUCUAGGACGGCUACAAUGCACCUCAAGAACUGGGAGUAAAUAUCUUUCCUUGAUGUUGCUAAAUGCUUGCUUGUCGUAUACAAUCCUUAUUCAUGCAUCGAAUUACGGCUUUCCAUACAGUAUCCAGCCGUCUCCAAAUUUUUCAGACCCUCUUGUCAGCCCAAGGUAUCAACGCCUGUUUGUUUUCCAUACCAACAGAUAUCUUCGGCAUAUCCCAGAUUCUCCUGAGAUCACAGAGGAAGAAAGUCAUAUCCUAAUUGUCCCUAUUGAUGCGAAUGGUAUUCGAUAUCUGACACCUAAUUCUUACCCUAUGUCCGCACUUAGAUUAUUUAUGAAUUCAAACGAGCAUAAUCAGUCAAAAUUCAAAGGUAUCAAAGAGCUUGUUGAUGCAGAACCCGCGGUGUGCAAUUACAGUCAACCUUAUUGUGGUGUAGCCUCUGUUUAUCCUUUUCUUCAUAUCAUCAGAUAUUUUUAUCGUGUUCCUGCUGAAUUUCACAAAAUAGAACCAAAUGUAAAUUUAAAGUUACUGUCACGCAAAUUGUUAAUGAAUUACUUACCAAAUGGUCGCUUGAGUUGGAACUUUACAUUCUCUGUAGUUUCCGGUCCUCCCCAUACUCAUAUCUUAAUUCGUACAGAUGGGAACUAUACCAAGUUAACUGCAUGGUCGUUUGCAUCGACUGCAAUGUAUCCUUCAUCUAUGCCACUCCCUCCUCCAUUAAUUAGCGAUAUUCCAAGCAACAAAGGUGAACAUUAUUUUUUAUACCAUUUGAAUGCAGCAGCGUUUGGUGAACAUGGGGUCUUAUGGGAAACACCGUGGACAUUUUGGGUUGUUUUUGAAUCCCAGGAAGUACUAUCACAGUCAAGUUAUAUUGACGUAGCUAUUGCUGGCCUGUAUGUUGAUGAAGGUGUCUCUACUCGCUCUCCUCCACUCUCAGAUUUUUUGUCAAGAUUACCACCUUGGGUUACUGUUACUUGGGGUUGUGCUGUUUAUGAUCAUUGGCGUUUUCAUCUGAACUAGUAUGAUACGGAUAAAAAUCUGACUUGUAUUUACUGUAAUUUCUGUCAUAUACAAACUCUGGAUAUACCACAUGAUUAUAAAAUGAAAUGAUUAUGAAAUGAUUUUAAACAGUUUGAACUACCUAACUUAUUUCUGUACUUCUGUAGUUCACAAAUAUACUAGUUAAAACUUUACUAAACUUUUCACUUCUCCUUUAGAGAGGAAAUUUGUUAACCACUUUAUUUUCCUUUAGGUUUCAAGAUGCCUCACACAAUAUUACUUGUACAGCCUUCUGUCAAAAAACCAGAUACUCGUACAUGGUCGGAUUAUGAAACUGUAGAGCAAUGUUUGGAGGGUGUAUGCAAGAUAUAUGAAGAGCAGCUAAAACGUGAAAAACCUAAUGCUCCUACUAUCACUUAUGACAUAUCCCAACUUUUCCAGUUCAUCGAUCAGUUGGCUGACCUUAGUUGUCUAGUUUUUCAUGAAUCUACAUACACAUAUGUUCCACAUCAUAAAAACUGGAUCAAAGAACAAGUUUAUGUACUCCUUAGAAACCAAGCUGGCCAGUAAUUAUAAAUUAAUGGACGUCUGUGCUAUAAUUUUUGCUUGCAUUGUAAUAUCUAACUGAAAUAUAUGUUUUAACUGCCCAUUUUUAUUUUUUUGGGGGCUUGUGAUUGUUAGUGGUAAAAUUAACUAUUCAUUCUAUUUUUUAGCAUUAGUAUUUAGACUGCUGAUUCAUUUUACUAUUAGGAGUUAGUGGUAGGCUCAACUACAUUCUGCGUGCUUAGAUUGGACCGUCAAACGGAAAUACAGCUUGACUGUCUAGUUGUUAGCAAUCUUUUUUUUGGCUGAAAUUGUCUGGAAAUUUUCUAAGGCACUGACAUUGUCUAUUUGAGAUUUUGAUGUAUGAACUUACAACUGUCUCAUUUUCUCAGUUUCAGCUUGCCAGUUGUCAUAUGCUUUGUUUGUUUUUCCUUUUCACUGCAAUAUAUCUGCCGAUUUCUAUUUAUAACAUGACGAAAGUUUUUAAAUCGAAGUUGGAUUGCAAGGCUCAAAAUGGUUUGCGGUGGCACGGAUGCACCUAUUCUUUAUCUUGCCUCGGAUUCUAAGUUGAAUUCCCCGUGAUUUUCUUUAUUUCACUAAUCUACACCUUAUUUUUGAUGCCUAAACUUUUGUAUUACCAUUCCGACUGACUGUCUUGAGUGUUCCAGCAUAUCAUCUGAAUGCUUGAAAGUUAAAAUCAGAGCAGGAGACUGUACGGUUUCUAAAGAAUGACCGAUUUUGUUGUAUAAAGUAGGUCGGAUUCAUUCUGACUGAUAUGGCUUCUAACGCUUUGAAUUUCAUAACAAUCCGCAAGUUGGAAGAACUAGGUAAGUUUCAUCCGUGAUCGUGGAUACAUCGACCACCAGGUCAGAUAACUUGUAUGUGUCGUUCGACUUAAUCAGUUAGUAAGUUACUAAAAUGGUGCUAGGUUGGCUCUUAUACUUAAUCGCCAUUUUAAUUCGCUACGUUAAUAGUGUCCGUUAAGACUCAUCACUUUCCGGUUUUUCUCAUUUCGUUUUUGUUACAUCCCUAGAAGUGACGUUUAAAUUAUCUAGUUUCCCAGAAAAAGAUCUCUUGCUCAUAGGCUCUUAUCGCCUGGCUUAGGCAAAUGACCUGUCUUUGUUAGAUAAAGUCCUUGAAAACAGUCAGUCUUCCGAACAUUUGAAGUAUCAACAUAAAAAUGUUUAAGAUACGUUUCUCUUUUAAGCCUAAACCGUGGCUGACAGGCCUUCUACAUAGAUGACUUGUUUAUGUGUAUAAUGGCUAGUUGAACACCAUGACCAUCCCACUAAUAUUUGGAGUUUUAUCAUCCUGCUGGGUUGGUUGUUGAUAAAUUCUCAACAACAACGUAGGACAUCUGCUUAGCUUCUUCCGAACGACACCGCUUGUGUACCAGACAAGAUCGAGGAUACUGCGCAGAAGUCUUUUAUUUGUUUAUUCACGACUACAUAGUAUGCCCCCUAUAAGAAUGUUUGUAAAUUGCUUCUUUUUGAUCCAACUAGUCUUGCAGGCAUUGCUUGGGCACAACAAAACCACCAAACAAGUAAUUUUAGGUAUAGCAGCAGAUAAGGGUAGUAAACAUCUUGUUUAGACAGUUAACCAUGAUUUAUCACUCAUCCCUAGCCAUCUGUUACCUCAGAGCGCUAUUAUAGUAGUAAUUUAGAGAUUAGGGAUGACUAGCCCAAGGUAUGAUAUUAAUAUAUGUAGUCAGUGGCUGUUACUUUUAGCUCUUUAUAUAGGCAUAGGCGUUGUCGGUAUCUGUGAUUAAACCAUAAUAUAUACUUUGAGACUAAUAUAGCUUAAGGUUGUUCACAUUGUUACGUUCAUUCGUUAUGUCUUAAAGUCUUGAAUAUGGUAUUGUUCCACACGUUAUACUUGUCAACUUCGGUGCAAAAGUUACUUCUUACUUUUGGCCGAUUAGAAUAGUAUAGAAUAUGAAUCUUUAGUUUAUUAUCCUAAGUAGAUACACUUCAAAACUAAUGGAAGCAAACAACUACUCAAAGAAAGAAUUUCUCAGCUGAAAUAUAUCUAGGAUAUGGAGAUCUUCAGCAGUCCCAUAAUAUGCCAUUUUUCGUGUUGACCACUCGACACCCUUUUAUAUUUAUAUAUAUGGCCAAAACCCAUUAUCAUGUACGAUACCAUAAUAUAUAUAUAUUUGCUCUCCGAAAACUCGGUCGAGCGCUUUAGAUUCUCCAUAUGAUUUUGUUGGUAACCAGCUUAUCAUAGGUUCAAGUUACCGGAAAUUUUAUGCAAAAUCGUGUUUGGUCCGUGUGAUAAUCGCUCUUAAUAGGGUUAGAUAAAAAUGUCACCUACACUCGGAUAUUUUUUUAAAUGGCUGUUUCAAAUCCGUCAAUGUUCUUGAAUUCCUAAAUUAUAUUUCAAGCUGAGCGUUGCUUUCAUAUAAUGAUGCGGAGGUUGUUUCGGAGAAUAAUUGAUUUCUAUAAGGAUAAUGUAAAAAUCCUAACUAAACGUUCAGAAGUUGUGUAUGGUGUACUCUUCAUAUUCAACUUCUCGAAAAAAUGAAUUACUUUACUAAAUACUCUUUUUUACCAGGUACUAUAGCUAAACUGAAUUAU